AUGAGGACAGGUCUCCCCGACACCUGUGGAGGCUCGCAAUUACAUUCCGCACAAGAUCUGCGUAAAACUGCUGUAAUCGAUACAGAGCUAAGCAGGCUUAAUAUAUCGGUCUGUGCUUUACAAGAGACUAGAUUGCCCGACGAAGGCUCAAUGCGCGAAACCUCAUACACAUUUUUCUGGAAAGGAAAAGACUCCGCUGAUGUUCGCGAACACGGUGUUGGAUUUGCCGUCCAUAACAAUUUAUUGUCUGCCAUAGAAGAUCCUCGUGGAAUCUCAGAACGUAUUAUGGUCAUAAGGCUCAAUAGUAAUUGCGGUUUCGUUACUCUUAUUUCCGCAUACGCUCCGACACUAACAUCUACGGGCGAGUCAAAGGACCGUUUCUACGACCAACUAGCCGAGACAGUAAAGAAUGUCAGUAAGGGCGAUCGCCUCUACAUCCUUGGCGACUUCAACGCUCGUGUUGGCAAGGAUCACUCCUCAUGGCCAAACUGUAUUGGUUACCACGGUAUUGGCACGAUGAAUGACAAUGGCCAACGUUUACUAGAAUUUUGUUCUGAACAUCUAUUAUGUGUGACCAAUACAUAUUUUAAAGGCAAGGAGUCUCGCAAAGUUUCCUGGAAACACCCGCGAUCCGGUCACUGGCAUCAAUUGGAUGUAGUACUUUCCAGAACCAAGGAUCUUCGCGAAAUCCUCCACACACGUUCGUUCCAAAGCGCCGACUGCGACACCGACCACUCCUUAGUAGCAGCACGUGUAGCAUUCACUCACAAAAGGAUUUAUUCAUCCAGAACGCCCGGUAGAAGAAAGAUUAACCUUUCCAAUAUCAGGGUCGACGAAAAUUUCAAAAAAUUUAAGUGUAUGGUUCAAGCCCAGCUUGCUACAUGGAAUGCUAAUACAAGCAUAAGUGAUGAGUGGGAAAACGUCAAAAAACUGCUCACUAAUAGCGCCGGCGAGGUUUUUGGCUACCUAAAAACAAAAUCUCAGGACUGGUUUACAGACAAUAUUGAACAUCUGCAACCUCUGCUGGACUCUAAGCGCAAAGCCGCUCUAAGACAUCGCAUGGGUCCCUGCCCGGAGACUGAUAAAGCGCUUCGAACUCACAAAGCCGCUCUUCAACGAAGUGUACGGUACUUUACCAACUUGUACUGGAUUAACCUCGGCCACACUAUUCAGAAGUGUGCAGAUAGGGGAGACAUCAGUGGUGUCUAUGAAGGUAUUAAACGGGCCCUUGGCCCAGUCGCAAAAAAGACAGCGCCUCUUAAGGACGCGAAUGGGGCUAUCAUCAGGGAUAGCCAAAAGCAACUCGACCGCUGGGUUGAGCAUUACACCGGUCUCUAUGCUCGUCCGGUAUAUUUACAACUAGAGGCAGUGCAGAACUUGCCCAAACUGGAUGUAAUGACCGAGCUAGAUGACCCACCGUCCGUAGAGGAGUUCAUCAGGGCUGUCAAUCAGCUUAAAAGCGGUAAGAGUCCCGGUGGAGAUGGCACUCAGGCUGAGAUUAUAAAACUUCACUGCGUGGGACCGAUUCUGCACAAUCUACUGUGUAAAUGCUGGGAGGCAGGAGAAGUAACACAAGAUAUGCGAGACGCUAACAUCGUCACAUUAUAUAAAGGAAAAGGCGAUCGUGGCGAUUGUAACUGUUACCGCGGCAUUUCUCUUCUGAGCAUUGUUGGCAAACUCUUUGGUCGAGUCAUCCUAUCUAGACUCCAAAAGCUUGCAGAACGCGUAUAUCCUGAGUCCCAGUGUGGUUUUCGUCCCCAGCGUUCCACAGUGGAUAUGAUCUUUACACUCCGACAGUUGCAGGAGAAAUGUAGAGAGCAGAAAACUCCCCUGUUCGUGGCGUUCGUUGACCUUAAUAAAGCCUUCGAUACAGUCAGCAGGGAGGGUAUGUACUCCGCAUUGGAGAGCAUUGGGUGUCCACCUAAGAUCCUGAGCCUCGUCAAAUCUUUCCACGAGGGUAUGAAGGGCGCAGUAGUUUUUAAUGGCCGUACAUCUGAGCCGUUUGACGUAUGUAGAGGUGUCAGACAAGGCUGCGUCUUAGCUCCUACCCUGUUUGGAAUUUACUUCUCGCUGAUAUUACGUGCAGCUUUCGGUGACAACCAACAGGGUAUCCAUCUGCACACGAGGACAGACGGAAAGCUGUUUAAUAUCUCUCUCCUGAAAUCUAAGAAAACCCGUGAGGAUCUUUUCGUUGAUAGUCUUCUCUUCGCUGAUGACGCGGCCUUCGUGUCUAAUUCCGCACAAGAGCUCCAGUCCAUGGUGGAUAAAUUUUCGCACGCCUGCUCUCUGUUUGCCAUGUCUAUAAAUCCCAAAAAAACAGUUGUGCUAGCACAAGGUGCUUCUACUACCCCAACGAUUUCACUCGAUGGCGCGCCGUUAGAAGUAGUAGACAAGUUCAGUUAUUUAGGGUCGACUGUGUCGAACAAUCUCUUGCUUAAUGCCGAGAUCGACAUCCGCAUCGGCAAGGCGGCAACCAUGUUCGGGAAGCUAGGUACAAGGGUAUGGUACAAUAAGCACCUUACUACUAAGACCAAGAUGGUUGUCUUUCAGGCUUCCAUCUUAAGCAUACUCUUGUACGGAGCUGAAACCUGGACAUCGUAUGCAAAACAAGAACGUCGUCUUAACUGCUUUUACAUGCGUUGCUUACGAAAGAUCUUGGGUAUAACAUGGCAAGACAGGAUCACAAACGAGAGGGUUCUAGAAAUUGCACAGCUGCCUAGUCUGAUGGCGCUCCUCAAACAGAGACGUCUGCGUUGGCUAGGGCAUGUGCAUAGGAUGGAACCCUCUCGAUUACCACGUGUUCUUCUUGGUGCAGUAGCGAAUGCAAAAAGAGAUGUUGGGAGGCCGUUGCUUCGUUUCAAAGACUGCAUCAAGCGAGACAUGGCAGCAUUUAAAAUCGACCACCGUGACUGGGAGAAGCUCGCGGAAAAACGUCCUGAAUGGCGCAAACGUGUCGCAGAGGGUCGCAAAUUUUGCGAUGAAGCCUGGUUCGGAGUGCUUGCUGACAAGAGACAGAAAAGACAUGAACAUAGUUCGACACUAAUGUCCAGUUACUUCUCUUGUCAAGCCUGUGGUAAGAGAUGUCGCUCUCGUAUCGGUCUGUUCAGUCACGAAAGGCGUUGUAUCACAGACACCACCACAUAA